AUGUUUAAAUAAUAAAUAUUGUUUAGAUUAAGAAUAAAUUGUUUCGAUUAUAAAAAUUAAUAAUGGUGUAAUUAAUAUCAUGGAUAUUAUUAUUAUAUCUAUUUACAUGAGUGUGUUAGUAUCUGUGGUGAUAGAAUGAUUACUUAAAAUGAAGAAUGUGAUGAUUAAAAUAAUUUUGAAAAUGAUGGAUGUUUUAAUUGUAAAUGUAAAUGUCAGAAGAAUAGUUUAAUAUGUUAAUUUGGAUAAUGUUUAGAAUGUGAAUUAGCAUAUAAAAUUUAAUCAUUUUAAUGUGUUCCAUAAUGUGGUAAUUAAUUAAUCUAAGAUAAUGAGAUUUGUGAUGAUGAUAAUAAUAUUAAUUUUGAUGGAUAUUACUUCAGAUUUUGA